AUGGAAAAUAAAGCAAAGCGUUUACAACAUAAAGAUGGCGUAAAGCAUCCAAAAGAUUCCCAAUUACAGACUAAUAAGAAUAAACAAAAUAACAAUGAUAGAUUGUUACAUAAAAAUGGACAACCAAAUAUGCCUAAUAUGGAUGGUACAGAUGAUAAAAAUUUGCUUAAAAAAAUGCAAUCCAAAAAAUAUGGAAAUAAUUUAAUUAAUACAAAAAAUAAAAUUAGUGAAGAUUUGUAUAUCCAUAACAAUAAAUCAAAAUAUGACUUUAUAAAUUAUAUAAAUAAUAUUAAAAAUAAUUUCUCCAUUAUAAAUUAUUUUAAAAUGCUAGUUAAUGUAUCUAUUUACAAUUAUAUACCUUUUAAUUUACGGAAUAUAUCAAAUGAUGCUUAUGUGUGUGGAAAUUCUUUUAUCCUUAAAGAUUCAAAUUCUUUAAAAUUAUUUUUAAUUCUGUGCAAAUCAAAAAUAUUGUUUACAUAUAGAUCAAACUUUCUCAUAAAAAUUAGUGAUAGAAAAACGCUAACUAGUAGUAGUAGCAGUAGUAAUGAUGAUAAUAGUAAUAUUUGUGGUAGUAUCAGUAUGAGGAAUAGUAAUAAUUGUCGAGAAAUAAAUAAAAUAGUAGAAAGUGUUAAGAGUAAUACAUCUUUUGAUGAUGUUCCUACUAUUAGGGAUAAUAAUACUAUUCAUUCCGUAAGUAGAAAUUUUGAUAAUGAAAAAAUUAAUAUCCUAACCUUCGGCAAUAAUAAUGAUAAGCAUAUUAACAUGUCUACUGAUAAUGAUAUUAUUACUAGGAGUGAUUUUAGCAUAUCUUCUAUAAAUAAUGGCAAAGAAAAGAAUGAAAAUGGGUUUAAAAAAAGCAGAGGGAAAAAAAUCAAGGGUAAAUACUACAAAAAUAAAGUUAUAAAUUUUACAGAUAUACCAGAACAUUUUAUAAAUAAAAUAUAUUAUGACAAAAAAAAAUAUUUGUAUAUAAAUUGUGAAAAUAUAUCAAAUUUUAGCUCUCUAUAUAUUUUUAAUAAAAAAAACCAUGCACAUAUGAAUAAAGGAAAUUAUUCAUAUAACAAAUAUGUUCCCCAUGAAAACCUUAUAGAAAACAAAAUAAACACAGAUAUGCAUCUUAACAAUAAGAAUGAUAGCCAAGAAACAAUUUUAUAUAUAAAGGAUAAUUUUGAAAGCAGUUCUAAUAGUAAUUUUGAAAAUGAAAAAAAUAAUUUUUCAUCUUUAAGUCAUAAUAGUGUUGAAAAUACUAAUUCUGUAGACACCGAAGAGGUUAUCACAAAAAGCAAUGAUAAACUUAUUUCCAGUGGAAACGAUAGUAUAAAUAAUAAUUUUGAAAAUAAAGAUUCCUCAGAAGAGUUUAUAGAUAAAGUGAAUAAGCCGAUCAAUAAUGCAAAUAUAAUGAACUCUUAUAAUGGUAGUAAUAGUGAUGAACAAAAGAAACACGAAGAAUUGUUAAAAAAGGAACUAUGCACAAUAAAAAAAAAAUUGAGUACUAAUAAUACUAUAAAUAGUAAAAUUAAAAACAAAUAUAGGCACUUUUUUAAAUUAAAAAAAAGCAAAAAAAAAAAAAAAACAGAUGAUACUAUAUCUAUUUAUAUGAGUGAUAAAGGGUGGGGAUGCAUGAUUAGAGUAGUUCAAAUGGUUCUAGUUAAUAUAUUUGUCAAAUAUACAAUAUCCGAAGACUUUAUGUUUUUUCAUAAUUUAAAUGAUUAUACAUUUUAUAAAAAUUCCCUUGAUAAUUUAAAAAAGGAAAAAUUGUUACAUGAAAAAAAUUCAAAAAAUGGAAAAAGUGAAGACAAAAUAACGAAAUAUCAUACUGAGGAAAUUAAAUUGAAAAAACUUGAAGAAGAUAAAACACAUGAAAUUUUCGGUUUAAAAAAGGUGCCCAAAUCAAAUAUAUCGCAUGAAAACAAUAAUAAUUCAAUAUUAAGUAAAAGUAAUAACCACACUUUGAGAGAUAAAUCAAAACAGAUGCUAAAUGGAAAUAUAAAAACCAUACAUCAGCAAGAUCAACAUAAGUAUAAAUAUACUGAUAUAUCUUCAGUUGAAGUAAAAAAUCGAAUUUUCAGUGAUAAUAACAAUAGCACAAGCAGUAAUAAUACAAGCAUAUCGGAUUCUUUUAAAUGUUAUACAACUUAUAGAGAUUUUUUAAUGAACAGUGAAAAUAAUAUUCAGGAUAUGAAUAAGAACAACUAUUUGAUAUUUCCUAUAUUAUCAAAAUUUCGAGAUACUGAAAGUGCAAAAUAUUCAAUACAAAACAUUAUAUAUGAAGCAAUGAAAUAUAAAACAAUUCAUAAAAAAAGUAUAGAAAAUUUUGUGUAUGAAUGGUUUGGGCCUACUAAUAGUGCAAUUAUUAUAUCAAAUAUAAUUAAUAAAAAAAAAGUGUGUUUUCUUAGAAAAAAAAGAAAAAAUACAAUAAUUGAUAAACAUGUAGAUAAAUAUAGGAAUAAAACUAAGUGUGUGCUUGUGAAAAAAAAAUAUCGAAAUGCAUUUUUCUCCGUAGCUUUUGAAACAGGAGUAAUAUAUAAUAACCGUGUUUUAAAAUUUUUUCAAAUAAAGCAAAAAGUAUUUGUAAUUAUAUGGGUAUGCUUAAAAUUAGGAAUUGAUUCAAAAAGUGUUUUAAAGUAUAAGAAAUCCUUAUUAUCGUGCUUUCGUUUAAAACAAUUUCAAGGAAUAAGUGGGGGGAAUACUUAUACUAGUGCUUAUUAUUUUUAUUCAGCAAAUGACAAUGGUCUUUUUUAUAUAGACCCUCAUAUAAAAUGUCAGAAAGCCUUUACAGAUUUAAACACAAAUAUAAGUUCAGAAUUUUUUAUGCAUCGAGUAAAACUAUUGCCGUGGGAACAUUUGAAUUCAUCAAUGUCGUUAGUCUUUGUAGUUAAUUCUAAAGAUGACUAUUUUGAUUUGAUUCACAAUUUAAAAUUGGUUGACCCCAACAUAUUUGAAGUCUAUGAAGAAGAACCCCAAUAUACUUUUAAAGGAGAAUUAAAUGUUGAUAGUGAUAACUCAGAACUGAUUUUGCUGUAA